ACAUCAAUCAACGCCAGUAUUUUGCUAAAAGCCACGCCUCGCUUAGUCAAUAAAUUUUGAAUAUUGAGUAGUGUACGUGUAACAUCUGUGCGUUAGAAGUAUUUUUGUGCAGUUAAAAUCAGAUCACUACUGAUUUCAAAGAUAAUAAACCUGGUGACGACCAUUUCUCUUGCUGCAAGAAUUGUCAUAGCGGCUUGCACAGAGCUUUCUGCGCUCGCUUGCUACGCAGCGAGGGAAUCACGGGACCCCGAUCCACUGUCGUGCGCGACCACGCCAGUUUAGUGCAGUGUCUGCCAUGUUUGAAGAUUUCUAUGCUGUGGGGCGUGCUUCUUCGUUAAUGGCUCGUAGUAUGGAUCAUUGAAUGAUAUGUUCAACUAGAUUGCGACAUUGAAGAUUGUCUGCAUCGGGGAUAUCAUGGUGUAUGCAUAUCCCAGUUCUAACACCUUCAUUGUGCUGGAAAUGGUGUCAUACAUGGUGUGGGAAGCCUCGAAUUUGCACCUACAAUUUGUAGUAGCUCGAAUGAAGUGAAGUGAAUGUUUAUUUUGAUUAAUUCUGUUAGUAAACAUAUUGUUAGUGAGGAUGUUGUUAAACUCCAGAAGAACAAACGAAUUUUAGAGAGUUAUCGCGCAAUAUUUACUUGUCUGUGGCGGCAGUUCUGUUGAUAUUUUGCUUCCCGUGCUUUUGACCCGAGUGGGCGAGUCCAUUGUAGCCGUCUCGGGGGUGUGUGGAUAACAGAUGGGGUGUUAAGGAUCGAGGCCGAAGAAACCGUAAUCGUUUUACCUUGGAAUUCUCAGAUUAAAGUGUUUGUUAUUCUUCAAAGAUUAAUCAAGAACUGGAAUUAUACCUAUAUUAGGUAAACGCUGCAUGUAACUAACCGUGUUUGAAAGUAACUUUUGUGCUAUAUGGGAGAAUGAUUUUUGCUGCGACUGCUGAUUUCUGUGACAAUUUGGUCGUUCAGACAAACUGAAGCCGUCCUUACAUAGGAUAAAGACCAGUGCCCAUGAGGAAACGAUUAAGUUCUUUAUAAUUGAUUACGUACAAUGAUGAUUGUGAUGGAAUGAUUUACAUAGGCCUACCCCAAGUCAAGUGAGUUAAGUGACUGCACCCAUGUUGGGUUUGUUUACAUUUUAUAUGGAGCUAGGAAUAAUAAUGAUAAUGUGCAGUUUCAUAUUGCCUCAAGUAAUUUUAUGAAUCUAACUUCAAGGUCGGUGAAAUAUUACCUUUCAAAGGUAUAUUUUAUAUUUUCUUGCAUUUUGAUGUGCAGACAGUGCUACAUGGAAAUAACUGAAAUAUAAGCCAAUUUAGAAAGUUUUCCAUAGAGGACUCACCAAGUAGUUUGGUAGUGGGUGACAUUCCGAUUAUAAGGCCUUAGUGUCUGUAGCUCUGAUUGUGAACUGAAAACGUGUUGACUGUAAUUCUGGAUCCAAACCUGCAGUUUGGUGGCAGCGUUCCUCAUGGUUCGAUGGUGCUCUUGAAUGAGGAGGUAUCGCCAGUGGCCACACGGGCAAUGGACAGCUCGGUGGUGGUGCAAGCCAAACGUCCUGAUGCUUGGCAUAAGCACGAACAGUUGAUGUUAAUGGAGAAGCAGAAAGCAAAAGAUUUAUGCAGACGCGCGUGCGCAGACGGAAUCGGAAGAUGACAUCGGGUCCACGGCGCCUUGCCAACGCAGUCGCUUGAGGACUCUUCCGAAUGGGGCGGACAACCGGACCGACACAAAUAAAAAUGAAUGCCGGCGUAGAAGUUGUUGGUUCCGUUUGUGUUUCGAGGACAAUCAUCUUUCCACAGCGGGCUGCAUUGGCUGUUAACUAAAUUCAACUCGGGCACACACCACAUCUGUAGCAAGUUCAUCACGAGCGAGACGGAAUUGUAUGGCACAGAAACACGUUUUCUGCAGGGUGAUUCAGGCCGGGGAGACGGGGCGGCAGCACCAUGCGCCUCUUUAUGGGCGGCUGGUGGCCGAGGAGCAGUUGGCUGCGUCCAUGGCCGCAAGCCAUGCAGGCGCGCAUACCCCAUAACUUCCGUGACCCCGCGACUGCUCCGUUGCGAAAACUCAGCAUCGAUCUUAUCAAAACCUACAAGCACAUCAAUGAGGUGUACUACGCGAAGAAGAAGAGACGUGCACAGCAGACUCAAGGUGAAGACAGCUCACACAAAAAGGAGCGUAAAUUGUACAAUGAUGGGUUUGAUGAUGACAACCAUGACUACAUCAUCAAGAAUGGAGAGAAGUUUCUUGACCGAUAUGAAAUCGACUCCCUUAUUGGCAAGGGCUCCUUUGGUCAGGUUGUUAAAGCAUUUGACCAUGAAGACCAGUGCCAAGUGGCAGUCAAGAUCAUAAAAAACAAGAAGCCAUUCUUGAACCAGGCCCAGAUUGAGGUGAAGCUUCUGGAAAUGAUGAACAGGGCGGACUCCGACAACAAGUAUUACAUAGGUAAAGACAAAAUAGUGAAACUGAAGCGGCACUUCAUGUGGCGUAAUCACCUGUGUCUAGUCUUCGAGUUGCUGUCAUACAACCUGUACGACUUGCUGCGCAACACUAACUUUCGAGGCGUGUCUCUGAACUUGACACGCAAGUUUGCACAGCAGCUAUGCACGGCCUUGCUGUUCCUGUCCACGCCUGAGCUCAACAUUAUCCAUUGUGACCUCAAGCCUGAAAAUAUUCUCUUGUGCAAUCCCAAGAGAUCGGCUAUCAAGAUUGUUGAUUUUGGUAGUUCGUGUCAACUGGGACAGAGAAUAUACCAGUACAUCCAGUCAAGGUUCUACCGGUCACCUGAAGUUCUUCUGGGAAUUCCAUAUGACCUAGCUAUUGACAUGUGGAGCCUGGGAUGCAUCUUGGUGGAAAUGCACACUGGGGAACCCUUGUUCAGCGGGGCAAAUGAGGUGGACCAGAUGAACAAGAUAGUGGAGGUUCUGGGCAUGCCAUCGAAACACAUUCUUGAUCAGGCCCACAAGGCACGGAAGUACUUUGAUAAGCUGCCUGGUGAUGGUUCUUAUGUGUUGAAGAAAGCGAAAGAUGGGAAAAAGUACAAGUUACCGGGUACUCGGAGACUUCAUGACAUAUUAGGUGUGGAAAGUGGGGGCCCGGGUGGGCGGCGACUAGGUGAGCCAGGUCAUGCUGUCUCGGACUACCUCAAGUUCAAGGAUCUGAUACUUCGGAUGUUGGACUUUGAUCCCAAGACUCGAAUUACACCUUAUUAUGCACUUCAGCACAACUUUUUUAAGAGGACAGCAGAUGAAGGCACCAAUACGAAUAGCAGUGCGAGUAGUGGUAGCACGAGCACCAGUCCUGCUGUAGCCGCCCUUGUUGACCCUGGUAGUCCUGGGGGAGCUGGAAAUGGAAAUGCACAAAUGGUGUUGGUGAGCUCAGUGUCUGGGAGUUACUCUCGGUCUGACCCCCUAGUGGUUUUGCCUGGGAGUGGGCACCAUCAUGGCAGUUCAGGCACGGGAGUGCCUUACAGCAACUACACACAGAGUACUACAACACAGACAGCAAUGGAGUGCGAGAGUUUCCCCUCAUCAGUCACCACCAACUCAGCAGUGGCUCCCCCACCGCGCCCUACACAUUUUCACCAUGGACAUGCACACCAUCGUACCUCUCGUUAUCAGCAGCAGCGUUCUGGGGGUCUCCUUCCUUCAUAUGCCCCUUCGUCCUUGCCUCUGGAACUAGCUGGUCAUCAACCAGGGAUAGAUCAUGCAGUAGGAGGCUUUAUGCCACCUGGACCUAGCUUGGACUGCACUCAAACUGGUAGCCUCAACCUUCCCCUUGUGUCAGCAACAGGGGGCUUCUACCCUGCUGCUGCCACAUCUUAUGGUGCACCUUCAAACCCCAUGGGCUACAACUUUGCAACAGUGAUGCCAGGGGGGACUGGAAGUAGCCUCGCAGACUCGGCGACAAGCAAAUUGGGUCGGCAAGGUUCAAGCGGGGGCCCUGGCCCCACAGGGCAGAGCAACAGUGACAGGGAGGACAGUCCUAUGGUUGGGGUCUGUGUACAGCAAAGUCCUGUUGCCAGUCAUUAACAGUGACUGGAGGUCUAGGUUCGCACGCUUGCUUGCUUGCUUGCAUAACUCUUUACUAGGGAUGGAAGCAAAAUGGGCCAUAAACGUUGUUUGUUAUCAAGUGUUUUAGGGAAAUGAACAAACUGGAGUUGUGAUGUUCCGCAGAUGCAGCAGUAAUGGUGAUGUGUGAUCUUAUUUAAGGCAAGUGUACAGUAUCACGAAUUGUUUACUCAAUAAUUUUGUACUUGGGGUCUGUCUGUGUGUGUUUUUUAAAGCUAUUAAAACAAAAAGAAAAAAGAAAGAAAAUGAGAGAAGUUAUGGCUGGUUUUAUUAAAACUUCUUUGAAUUUAAAGUGGUUAUAGUCAUGAUACUGGGCAGUUUCUGUUUUUCUUUCUUUUUUUUUUAAUUCUGAAUAUUUUCAAAUGCAUGCUCAGAAACACAUUUUCUGAAGGGAAUUGUAUUUGCUUGACAUGCCAUUCUCAGUUAUUUGAUAAUGACAGACCAGAAGAUAAACAUAGGUGCCUGCUAAUGGGCAUUGAUUUGACAUAGGUUUUCUGGCCUGCAGUUUUGGUUUUAAUAUUUGGAUACUCAAAUUGGGUUACGCAAGCAUAAUACUAAAAUAUCACUUUAUGGCUGGCGUGCGAAACAUUAUGAUGGACUCUGCGUUAAUUCUCGAAAAGGCUGUAUAUUUUUUUUAAUCAUCGGCUGUCAAUAUUUCUGUCUGUCAACUCCUACUAUAAGUAUACCCCUACAUUAAAAUCUUCUAAAGGAUUCAAGAAAUAAACAUGUUUUUAUUUGUGUAUAAACUAUAACAAUUUCACAUUCGAACAAAAGAAAAAAGUUUUGAAGUCUGAAGAGUGCUAAGAUUAUUUUUAAUCAUACUGCACUACUGGUAAUGCAGAAUAUGUGUUCAUUCGGAUACUUGGUUAGUAAGUAAAAUAAAAGCAGAAAGCAAGAAAUCCAGAAUGUGGGUAAGGGUAGGAAUUAUUGCAAUUAAAGAACAAAAGGCUUGCCUUCAUUUUAUAUUUUUCAAAUCUAUUUAACUGCCUGCCUUUGUCUUCAUUUGUAUUUGCUUAUCCUUUCAAACAGUUUCUGAUGCCACAUGAAUGGGAAAUACUCUGCCAAGUCAAGAUAAAUGUUAAUUUGAAAUAAAAACAGACUUGCAUCAAAUUGUAUGGCUAAAUUGUUGUGUUGUGUAUAAAUAAAAAAAUAGGUCCUAGAAUCUUGGAAACUUCAUAAAUACAAAAUAUUGUACAUGGAAUUUACAUAAUGCAGUUGUUUGAAAACAAACGUAUACAAGUUUUAACACAUUGCAAUCAUGUACUGAAAUUUUUAUUUUAAAUGUAAGAAUAAAUUAAUUUUUGGAAAUGGA